AGAAGCAGCAGGAGAGGGAGAAGAAGAAGGGAAAAAGGCAAGGCGAUAAAAAAUAGAAGCAGACUUCAUCGGGAAAAGGGGAGUAGAUGGGUGGGAUCUGAGCCGAGCUGGAAAAAAGCAGAUAAAAGUUUUGGAGAAAAAGUAAGAGAGGGGAACAGAGACUUAAGACAGAGCGGAUAGAGUCUAUGUUAAUGGAAAAGGUAGGAGGAGAUUCAUGGAAAAAGAGGAGGAAGCUCUCUGUGUCUCAGGAGUCCUCCUGUUCCUCUUCUGCUGCUUCAUCUUUUUGUGAGGCUGCUGGACAUCCUCCAUCACCAUGUUCUCUGACAGCAGGGCUCCAGCGCCUGGGGAGCAGAAAGGCUUCAAGCCGCACGCCCCUCACUUCAUCCCGUGGCUGCGCAACAGUCUAAAGACCCACCACAGCAGUGACCUGGGGCUCAACGGGCCGCAAAAACCCAACCCGGAGGACCGUGGCAGCCUGACCCCCCUGGAGAGAGCCAAGGGGAUCGGGUUCUUCUCCUUCCCGGGAAAGGGCCGUACAAAGAAGGGUGACUUGAAGUGCAAUGGCAUGGGGAUGGCAAGGAUGCUGCCGGUGGUGCUGAGGGGGCCCCACAUCCUGCCAGGGAGUUUGGGGAAGCAGAGGGAGGAGAGUCCUGUCAGGUGGAACCAAUCUCCAGAUUUAGACCCAGACCCCAACGCACAAAUCAGCCCAGGGGAUGGACCGCAGGGUCCAGUCAACAGCUUCACUUCUGCCCAGGAGAACCACACGUUGGGGAGGAACCACAGCGGUAAGCUAAACCUCCUUCACUCACAGAAUGACAGGACUAGCACCUCAACAAAGAAAUACGGGCCACUUGUGGUACCCCCUCCUGUUCCUGUUCCUUCACUGCUCCCUAAGGAGCCAAACUGUGAGGUGCCUGUUGUGCUGUGUAUGGAGGACAGGAGGGAUAAGGUGUGGGACUACGCCAGCCAUACCACCUACCACCAGAGAGACCUGCACUCAUCCAGCUGGGUCAGCCCAGACACUCAGGGACUAAUCGAGAGGCAGCACGGCUUCAGCUCCAGCUUUAGCUAUAUCAAACAACAGAGCAGGAACUCCCAGAGCCACAGAGACCUGUCAGCGCUGAGAGAACCACCUGUGGAGGGAUUCAACGGGCCCCUCAACGGAGUCAUCUUCUCCACCGAGGUCCCUCAGAGAGGCCUGGGCUGCACCACGGUGCUACGGCGCCCCAGGAAACCCAGGCCGAGCUCAGAGCACAUCGCCGUCCUGGGCCAGAAGCAGACGUCGCUCAGACGCAGACCAAAGAGUGAAGGGGAGCCGGAGAGGAGGGAGGCGGGCUGCAGCAGGAAGGCAGUUCGAAAUCAGAUCAAACGAGUGGUGGACAACCUGGAGCAGGUGCUCACAGCGCUGAGGGACGUGCACCAGGAAAUGAGAGAGGUGGUGCAGCAGAUUGACUAUCUCACCUCGUCCAUUGAUCUGAACGAGGAGGAGCAGCAGCAGGACACCAGAGGAGGCGACAGGGCCAAGCCUCCCAGCGAUAGCAGCUCCACUUCAGGCUCCAGCUCCAGCGAGGUGACAAUAUGCAGCACCCAUCAGAGGCCCUCUGAGCCUGGAGUGCAGCCAGGAGCCACUGACUCAUCUGGCACCCUCAGGAGAGGUCACCAUAGCAGGGGCCAGUCUCCACCCAGUGUGCAGCUGUGCCCGGUGUCCUCAUCCGAGAGGAGUCGAACUCUUCCCUUCCCCUGUAGUCUUGGGUCUUCUCCCAGAAAAGGUGGACUGCUGCCGUACAGCAAUAAGCCCCCUUCAUCUGGCCCAACUCAAACUCAGAACCUCACCUCCCAUGACCUUACGCUGCCUCCCCAAAGAAACCUCCCUGUUCGACCUCCCACUCCUGGUCUCUCCCCUCUCACAGUAAACCUCCAUCCCCCCAAAAGCCCAGUUUCGCGGCCUCACUCCCCUGGUCCAUCCUCCUUCAUCAGGGUCGGCCCCAUCUCCCCUCCCUCGACGAUGUCUCCAAAGCCUCACCCACCCCCUGCCCUCAGCCCGUCUGUCAUCAUAGAGACCAAGGUAGGAUCUUACCAGACCCCACAACGCGACCACCCAUCUGCUGGCUCGCUCCCUCCAUCAUCGAUCCAUCCUCCAUCUGCCAGCUGCCCACCCACAGACUCACAAACUCAAACGGUGUCCAGCGUUGAAAGAGAGAAGCGAGCGUCCUCAGCAGGGCCUGUUCACGCAGCCUCACAGGUGUGCACUGCCUCCGCAGCCACAGCGAAACCAUUAACGGCGCAAGGUCGCAGAGGUCGCAAACCUCCACCUUACCCCCACCACAGAACCUCUGACCACACAAAGAAAGUGAAGGAGACCCGCAAAGCGCCUCCGUAUCCAGAGAAAAGAAAGCUGCUCUCGACCACAGUGUGAGACGAUGCAGCAGGAGUGGGAGGCCGAUCAAACUGAGCCACAUUCACAGCACCAGCCACGAAGUCAGCAAGGAGUGAGGAGUGAUUUAAGGGUCGCCAAGUUUAACUGAGACCAAGUUUGCAAGGUGACAGGACAGAGAAGCAACUCGAGGGCUCAGAGCCAGAGCAGGAGGCAGAAACAUGCGCUCUCACUAAUGACAGACUGACACCGCUGUCCUUGCUGGGGGAAGGAGGCGUGUCAAGGUGAACUUCGCUGAUGACCACAUCAGAUACGCAGACCUCCACAGAGUGACUGAGCUCAGACACAGUCCAGACAUUAACCUUCAAUGAAACAUUACGUGCAAAGACGCCACAAUUCAGAGAUUGACUUCCAGGACAAAUAAAGUUUUUAUUUUAUA